CCGCCCCUUCUUGCCAAGGUCGCGAGGUUGCAUCGCAAGCCAAGCCAGCGACGGGUUACUGCAGGUCGUGGCCGCCCGGCCGUUUAAAUUCCCGGGGAAGGAGGAGAGCUGGAUAGAGGAAGAGCGUUAAGCGGCAGAGAAGCAUCCCGAGAAAAGGAACCCGGGGGGCUGCGGGUGACGCCGGAAAACACACACACACACACGCACGCACAACACCGCGCCUCUCGCUGCUGUUCCGGGCGAAGGAGCCGCAGCUGUUGCCGACCGAAGUGGGGGGGGCCUUUCGAUGUCUUCGCAGUUCUUGCAAGAGGAGAUCAUUCCAGACUUUUCUACCAUGCCUGCCUUUACUCACAUUACCCAGAAUGGUGUAGCUCAUUCGGAAAAAGUCCAUCCCACUUAUGAGCAAAUGGCGUCAGAAAGAGAGAUGACAGAUGACAUUUUUGAUGAGACUUAUCGUGAGAAAGAGGGUCCUAAGCCUGCAAAAAGAUACGUCUGGAGGAACAUUAUUCUGAUGGCUCUUCUCCAUCUAACUGCUCUGUAUGCCAUCUGGUUCAUACCUUCUGCAAAGCUACUCACUUUGGCGUGGGCUCUUUUGUGCUUCACCUUGGCUGGUCUUGGAGUUACAGCUGGAGCACAUCGGCUUUGGAGUCACCGGUCUUACAAAGCUACUUUACCUCUUCGGAUAUUCUUGGCCAUAGUCAACUCCAUGGCUUUUCAGAAUGAUAUUUAUGAGUGGUCCAGAGACCACCGUGUGCACCACAAAUUCUCUGAGACGGAUGCAGAUCCACACAAUGCAAGACGGGGAUUUUUCUUUGCCCAUAUUGGCUGGUUGUUGGUCCGCAAACACCCAGAUGUCAUCGAAAAAGGACGGAAGCUGGAUUUGUCUGACCUGAAAGCUGACACGGUUGUGAUGUUCCAGAGGAGGCAUUACAAAGCUUCGGUGGUACUCAUGUGCUUCAUGCUUCCUUCCUUUGUUCCUUGGUAUUGUUGGGGAGAAACCUUUCUCGUCAGCUUCCUGUUGACCAUUCUCCGCUACACGGCAACCCUCAAUGCUAGUUGGCUGGUGAACAGCGUGGCACACAUGUAUGGCAAUCGGCCAUAUGAUCGCCACAUCAACCCUAGAGAAAAUCACUUUGUGGUCUUUGGAGCUUUGGGGGAAGGCUUCCAUAAUUACCAUCAUACGUUCCCCUUUGAUUACUCAACAAGUGAAUAUGGCUGGCGGUGGAAUUUCACUACUGGUUUCAUUGAUCUUAUGUGCUUUCUUGGCUUGGCCAGUAACUGCAAGAAAGUCGCCAAGGGGACCGUCUUGGCUCGAAAAAUUCGGACUGGUGAUGGAAGCCACAAGACUGGCUGAAAAUCGGUUUUCCCUGACCUUUCUUUUCUCCUUUUUCCAACAACCUAGUCAUAUAUUUGAUCUGUUUACUAGCUAUUAGGACUGUGCAAAGCAUGAAACCGGGGAGGGGGCUUCGCAAAGUGCAUUGGCACAAGUGAAACAUUAAAGCAGCUGUGUCCUCUGAAGGGCCAGGUGCUGCUGUUUUGAAGGCUUUUCCUGGUUCUCUGCUCAGGUUGUGUGUAUACACAGCUGCUUUGCUUGGCUGAUAGUCGAAUGAGAUGGGCUUUCUGUGCAUACAUUAGAUGUGAACAGUCAGGGUUGCCCCUCAGAACAGCCAAACGAAGCUGUCUGGAUAUUGCAGCUGCUUCAUGCUUUGAGGGUGGAUAAUUCACUCAUUUUACAAAGCUCCCCCUUUCAAAUGCUUUGCACAGCCACAUAACUACCAAGCAGUGUGUUCAGGAUACUUAAAUGGGUGACUAACUCGUUCCAGUAUUGUCUUUUGAAACAAUAUAUUCAAGGCAUAUGGCAAAACCUUCCACCUCCCCCAACUGACCUUGGAGGCUGCUUUUCUAUUUUCACUCCUCCUUUUUCCACUUCUCCUCUGCAAAAGUUUGUUCCUCUCUUCUCUAUUUUCUGUCUCUCUCCUUAGCAACUAAUAUAAACAUCCCAAUCCAUGUGUUCUUGGUUGGAAGAGGAUUUAGGAAGAUUGAAAGGACAGACUUGGUACCAAAGUAGAAACUUCCUUACUUAGAAUGAGUAAACAACUCACGAUUGGCUUAUACUAGUCCAGAGGUCUUCAAACUUGGCAGCUUUAAGACCAAAGCUGGCUGGAGAAUUCUGGGAGUUGAAGUCCACAAGUCUUAAAGCUGCCAAGUUUGAAGACCUCUGGACUAGUCAUUUCCCUUCUCCUUAGCUCUGGUGCUGUUGAAGCUCUCUUCUUUUUUCUGUUAGAAGAUUAGAAGUUGGUCUUCUACGUAGCAGUUCUGAAAACUAUUAGAAAUUGAGAAAAUGUGAAUACUGAACGGGAAGGCAGAAGAUAAGAUCGUUUUAUAUGGGACGCACACAUAAAUUUUAAAGAUCAGUCCCGUAGUAGUGGUUGGUAUUUUUAGUUGGUGCUAGGCAGUUGGAGCUCCCUUCCUCCACGGCCUCCUGUCAUUGCUGCUUGUCCUUAUCAAGACUUGUCUGCAGGAUUCUGAGAUGGCAAGAUGGGGAUGUCGUGUAAAGAUGCUGAUCAUUCUAUAAGCAGUGAAGGGCAAUUGGUUAAGAACAUGCUCAAAGAUUUAAAAAAAAAUGUAUGCACUAAAGGGUUUUUUCGUAGCUGAAGCUUUUUUUAUGUGCAAAAGAAUGACUUGUAUGUUGCAUGCUUGCUGAUAUAUGUAGUAGUAGGUCAUUUCUAUUCUCAAGUGAUUUAGUCAGUUUAGCAUCAAGUGAUUCAGCUAAUUUAUUUCUCAAUUCCUGGACCAUUUUCUGAACCAAAUCUGCUGUAAUUCUUUUCCGUAUAGGUAGCUCUAGCAAUCCUCUCCUCCCCCUCCAUUCUCACCACUUUUCUGGUUGUCAUUAUAAUAUUAUAAUCCAAAAAGGAAAGUGUCUUAAACAAGGGGGAAAGAAAAGGCAAGCUUCCCCUUUUCUUUCUCUUUUAUCUUCCUGUGCCUUUAAUAUUUUCAUCUCUAAUGGCACUCCAUAGUUACAGUCAGCAUCACAAUCAAUAUCAUCAUAGUUACAAUCAAUAUCACACUCUGGCUCAUAUUACCAUUAUCUUUUGUUUGUAAAAUCCGCCAAUUGUCUGCAUUCGUUAAUAAUAAACAAACAAAAAAACA